AUGCUUGAAGGACCCGGUGCUGAUAUCGAAGACGUCAGACCACCCAUCCGGGAGCUUGCCCCCAUGGCACCACUCCGCAGCGAGGGCGUAGUGGAAGCAGACCUGGGUGCCGCAGCGGCCGCAGAAGCUGCGCGAGAACGACCUGCCGCAGUCGUGGCUGUGGAAGAAGCGCAGCCAGGUCUUCUCGCUGUCCUGGGGCUGGGUCGCGCGCAGCACGUCCCUGGCGGGGAGGUAGGGGGGCCGGCCGGCGUCCGCGGCCGCGGCGUCGAAGUCGUCCGCCGUGCAGUCGAGGAUGCGGCCGGUGACGAUGUUGGACGUCUCGGGGCCGGUGCGGGGCAGGACCGAGACACGGAUCAUGGUCUCUGGGAUCUGCAUGAGGGUGGCGGGGAGGAGGGUGCCCGAGGCCAUGCGGCAGUCGUUGCAGUGGCAUGCCAGGGCGUAGGGCAUCUUGGUGCCGACGGUCUCUGGGACGAAGGGCGACGGGGGACGGGAGGCGGCGGGGGGGAUCUCGACGCGGUAGCGGAUGGCGCCGCAGGAGCAGCCGCCGGUUAG